AUGAGAGCUCGCACAGGUCUUGUCUUGGGCCAUGCCGCAGGUUUGGCGGCUCAGGUUUCCGCCCAGUUUACCAGCUGGCAGGCCCGUCAGAUCAACACAAGCAUUUGCUACUGGAAACAGCCUCGAGCCGCCUUGGUUAGGAAUAUAGUUUACCUGGAUGGAGGCAAUAUCUGGUGGAUGCCUGGCCUCGACUCGGGAGAGUUAGGAACGGUCGUGAACAAUGGCAACUUCCAAGGUGUCAUCCUCACUUAUAACCUCAGCGAUCCGAUUACGCCAGACACAAACACCACGGGGCUUCUGGUCAAGAAUGAGCUGUUCAAGGCCACAGGGGGCAAGGAAAACGGCAUCAGCGCGGAGCCCAACUCGUACGAUGGAGGUAUGCUUGCCAACGAUGCCGAGUUCUUCCUCUACGGCGGUGCCCUGUUUCGAAACGACGACCUCUACGAUCAACCUGCUGCCGACGCGGUGCUGGGAUAUCAAGCGUAUCAGUACGGGGGAGACAAGCCGUUGUGGCAGAAAGGCUUCCAUCCAGCUCAUCUCGAUGACGGAGUUACUCGAUACGUUGCCUCGGGCGCAGCGGUCAGCGCGCCUUCGGAGAACAAGGCGUGGUACUUUUCCGGCCUGACGUCCCCGACUCGGGGGCCGAUCAUGUCCAAUCCCAACCGAACUACCAUGGCAAUGAACAUCUCAAACACUCUCAUCACACUGGAUAUGACCACACAGCUCGAGGAGAAAUGGAGCAAUUCUACCCUGCCGGAUGACAUCAAGGGCCGCUCCAACGCGGAAGUUGUCUGGGUUCCAGUUGGAAAGCAAGGAAUACUCGUGGUCCUCGGUGGCGUGACAUAUCCCGAAUGGGCCACUGUCAUCCACAAGUCUGAAGACCCAGCGGCGAGCGAGAAGGAGAGUCCCGAGUUCAUGAGAGUCAUUGACAUUUACGACGUCGCCGGUGACAAGUGCUUCAACAUCCACUACUACGGUGGAUUUGAUGGCAUUCAUCCAAAGGACGCCUUUCACGAUGAUGUCUGGGUUCUCUCACUUCCUUCCUUCACCUGGACCCAAAUCAACAACGGCACGGAGAUUCACGCACGGUCCGGUCACAAAUGUUUUCUCCCGUAUCCGGACCAGAUGAUGGUAUUUGGUGGUUACGUCCCAGAAGCCGGUAAUGUUCCCUCGUGCCUAGACAAGGGGCCCGUCGUGGUCUUCAACAUCACCAGCGGGGAGUGGCUGGACUCGUACGAUCCGAAAAGGUACGGCAAAUAUGGAGUUCACGAAAAGGUGCGAGCUACCAUCGGGGGCGAUGCCUCUGGCGGCGCAACAGCCACGGCGCCGAUGCCUUCUGGCUGGGCUACGAGCGGGCUUGCCGAUGUCUUUGCUCAAAAGUACGACAGCAGCAAAAUCAAGGCUUACUGGCCCUACGACACCACAGCUGUGGCAGGGCGGCUCGAGCUUCCCGUUGACGAGACUAAGGGUGGUGGCGACAAAAAGAGCAUCAUCAUUCCCGCCGUAGUUGUGCCCGUUAUUGUUCUCGCUGGAGUCGGUGUUCUUGUGUGGUGGCUCCAUCUCAGGCGCCGGCGUUACGGCGGCAGCGGCUCGGGAGACUCGGACGAGGCCGCAUCCCGGAUCCGAUCGUGGAUCAGGGGCCAGGGAGCAGAGAAGGCGUUGACCAUGACAAGCUCAGGGGCCCCAAGUCCAGACCCGGAGAGGGCAAGGAUUGCAAGCUCUCCCGCCUUGUCGCCAGGGCGCACGCCUUCGCACCAUGAGACGCCGCCUUCCCGCCAUGAGAUGGCUGACACUCAGCUGGCAGAGCUGGGAGACACUUCGCCGCCAAUCGAGCUUCACGACACGGGUCUGACGCCCGUCGAAGUAAUUCAAAAGCACUCGCACUUUGCACCCCACAAAUUCCACUCGCCCCCUGUGUUGGAUUCUCCGUUGCUCGGAAACACCCCUCAGCUGGCCAGGCCUGAUGCCGCUGAAGCCGGCGACUCUGGGCGUAUGGACGUGUUGCCCGAAGAGCAGGAGCCGGCUCGAGAGUCGCCUAUUUUUGUCACUCCACCAAGCGGGAGAGAUGCGAGGGGGGGCGACUUCUUGUCGGCUGGCGAGACGGCCGGUGGGACGACGAACAACACCGUUGAUGAGAAGACUGAGAGGACGAGCAAACUGAAGUGA